CCGGACCGAGCAGGUCAGGCAGCAGAGGGAUGACGGCAUGGAGCAGGCUCCUCCAGAGGAGCGGACCCGUCUGGAGGAGUGGGACCUUAUGAUGAGGGCUCGUCGGGAGUGCACAACGAGGGCAGGGGAGAUGGUGCAGAGGGCACCUUGAUGAGACAGUUUGAUCCAAUGGGGAAGGGGGUGUGUGAUCCUAGCGGUGCUGCUGGGCCGACGAGGCCAUGCCGUGAGGCGGACGGAUCAUCGCGCGCUCCACAGGACGAGCAGCAGUGGUGGAGGUCAAGGAUGCUACAACGGGCGAGAGAUGAGGGCAUUCAGGUCCCUCCCGACCUCGAGGAGGGGCUUGCAAUUGCCCCUGUGGAGGAUAGACAGGCUCGUCACCAAGUGCCGCACCUGACUCAGACUCGCCUUGAUGAAUGGGUUCAAAACCCCAUUCAGUACGACCUGGAUAUGACCUACAUUCGAUUCUUUGUGGGUUGUGGUGUGUCAUUCAACAUCGCCAGAUCGGAGUGGUAUGUGGCACUUCAUGACGCCUAUCUCAGUCAAUUUAGGGUUCCCUACAGGCCGCGUCAGCCACAGUACGAGUUCGUGCGGACGACUCUGUUGUCCAUGUUGUACGCAGAGCUCGACGAGCGCUUGAGGUAUCACCGUGAGUCGUGGUCUGAGGGGGUCACUUUCAUGACUGACGGUUGGUCGACUCAGGCCAACCGCCCUCUCUGCAACUACUUGGUCGCAGGGAGGUUGGGGGCGUCGCUCUACCGGGUGGAGGAUAUGUUUGGCAGGGAGAGGACCGGGGCAGGUUUGUGCCGAAGAUGGAGGGAGCUCAUCCUCGAGAUCGGUGCAGAGCAUGUGGUUGAUUCUGACGGGCGGAGAGUCGGCGAUGUGUGGGGAUUGUUGGAGCGCCUGCGGACCACGGUCGACGGACUGUCGCUUGAUGAGGCUUGUCACAUGCCCAUCAAGGAGAGGUCGGAUAUGCUUUUGACCCCCAUUCAUUGUGCUGCGUACUUGUUGCACCCCAAGUACCGCAGCAUCAACCUUUUGAUGCGUGGGACGACAGAGGAGCCGCUCGAGUACAUGGGGAGCCAGAUUGAGGGUGGUCGACAGGGCCCGCUGAUGACAGUCGUGUGGAGUUCUCUACAGGACUUCCACGACAAGUAUCCCACACCUGCUCAAUGGGGGGGGGACAUUGGGGAUGCGAGCGUGGAGGAGCCCGACUUCGAUCCUUUGCAGUGGUGGAGGGUGCAGGGGGCCAGUCAUCGGGUGUUGCGGAACAUUGCCAUGCGCUGCUUGGGUGCGUGGACCACAGCCUCUCCGUGUGAAAGGAAUUGGUUGACGCACGACUUCGUUCACACGAAGAGGCGCAACAGGUUGGGCGUUGAGCAGUUGGAGAAGCUUGUGUUCUGUCAUUGGAACCUCAAGCUUCUCAAGAGCAGUCACGCGCGCKGGGGGCUUAUUGGGGCUGGUCUCCCGGAGGUUGGAUUGACCGAUGUCGAGAGGAGGGCUGAGGACUUCGCUCGCUACGAGCCGGACGAGAUGGCUCCUGGGACGUAUGACCCGACGGAGGUCGAGAGGGAGGCCGAGCGCCUCAGAAGACAGCCGAGGGACAGACGCUUGGCGAGGGCUGCAGCAGCACUGGCCCACCAGAUUCGUCACCAGGGCGGGGAGGCGGUUCAGGGGGAGGACGUCAUUGAUGAUGAUGUCUCCUGGUUGACGGAGCCUUAUCGAGGAGACGGGUUCUUAGAGGGGGCGGCCCCUGUGACUGUGAGCCCUGCGGGUCGGGUGCUCCCGCCACGAGCGGCGGAUGAUUGUUCAGGCGUCCCUGCCCCCACGCUCGCACCGGAGGCAGGCUCCCACAGCCUGCCUGUGGACGACGCAGACGACAUAUUGGGCGGCACUGAUGCAGACGAUGCGAGCGCGGGAGGGAAUCCCGCAGCGAGGGCCGCUUGUGGGUCUGCCCGUGCGGGAGAGGCAGGCACGCUUGGAGCCGUUGGAGCAGGGCAGGCGUCGCCCACCAGGCACAUGCACGAUCUUCCUUCCCUCGGUGCACGGCCGUCGGCGUCGGGUGCGGUUGGUCAGACUGGUCCAUCUCCAUGCACGGCGGCGGACGCCGAGGGCACGAUGCCCAUCACUGCCGCUGACGACACAACACCUGCGCCUGCCAUCUUUUCGAGCCCCCAUCAUGCAGUGGAGCGCGACUGCGAGGGGAGGAUCAGACGACGACCAGGUUUCGUCGGUCCGCUAGACUGGCUGGAGGCGGGGACGACGGAGAACCUGUUGCCGGGGGGGGCUGCUCCUCGUGAGGGAGGCUUAGACAGAGAGGAGCUCGCCCACGACCUGGCGACUGCCGGGUACUCCGCAGAGAAGAUCAGGGAGGCGUUGAAGGGGUAUCCCGGGCGAGAUAGACGAGGCACGCCUCAACAGGGGAUGCACGCACGCCAGCGAUUGGAUGUUGGCCGCACACGCGCCUCCCUGUCGCUCGCGUGGCCACCUCCGGAUCCCUCCUUGGCAUUGGACAUCACAGGCGCGGGACCGCAUGGGGCUCCCGUGACGGAUACACUGGUGGCCGGUGGAGAGAGCAGCGGUGUACGGGAAUGCGACAUCCUCGGGACGGGUCUUCGCCAUCCAGUUUCACAUGUUGGGGGCAUUGCUCGGACGGCGAUGCCACUCCCACCCAGAGAUCCGUCGAUUGUCAUGGAGCCACUUCGAUCAUUCGUUGGCCGGAAGCGGAAGGCAGGUGGUGCCCUUGGACAUGAGGGCGUGAGAGCGGCGGGUCGAGGCCGAGGGAAAGGCCGACCGCCCGGACGAGGGAGAAGGGAGGGACAAGGCAGGGCUCGAGGAGGUGGCGCAUUGGCACAGAGGACACCUGCAGGUGGGAGAGGGGAUCACGAACGGGCACCGCCACCAGCAUCAUCGACGGGCGAGGGCGAGGAGGGGAUAGCGCAACGCCUCGCCAAACGGAGUAGAGCAGAUGCACCGACGACGACAGCACCCACACCAGCGUCAUCUUCGGGCUCGAGCACGUCGGCUUCGUAAACGGGCUCGAGCACGUCAGCUUCGUCUUCGGGCUCGAGCACGU